AUGUUUUCUCUAGCUUCAGGAGUCCUGCGGUGGCUGAAGCAGCAGCAGCAAGUGCGUGUGCUGCUGCUGGGUCUUGAUGGCAGCGGGAAGACGACAUUAGCGCUGCUGCUGCACUCCCAGAGCAGCAGCAGCAGCAGCAGCAGCAGCAGCAGCAGCAGCAACGGCGACAGCAGCAACAGCAGCAGCACUACUAGUAGUGGUGAGUUGCCGGUGGUGCAUCCAACAAAAGGAUUUACGGUGUAUAAGGUGCAGCAGCAGCAGCAACAGCAGCAGCAGCAGCUGCUGCUGUGGGACAUGGGCGGCAGCAAACCCUUUCAUUGUGUAUGGGGAGAAUAUAUAAAAGACGCAGAUGUUUGCUGCUUCCUUGUUGACAGUACAGACACUGCAAGGCUGCCCGAGGCUGCUGCUGCCUUUGCUGCAGUGGUAGAUGCUGCUGCUACUGCAGCAGCAGAAGCAGCAGCAGCAGUUGCUGUUGCAGCAGAGAAACAGCAGCAGCAGCAGCGUGUUACACCGCUGCCCAUCCUACUCGUCUGCAGCAAACAGGGGGAGCUAGGAGCUCUUGAAUGUGAUGUGCUGCUGCAGCGGCUGCUGCUGCUGCAGCUGCAGCAGCAGCAGGAGAAGAGCCAACAGCAGCAGGCAGACACCACAACGCCACAACGAAGUGUGCAGCAGCAACUGCAGCAGCAGCAAACAAUUAUAAGGCAGCACCUUGUUGGUUGUUUCCCUUUGUGCUCUCGUAGCCGCAAGGGCAUUGGUGAGCUGCUGCAGGCAGCAGCUACAGCAGCAGCAACAGCAGCAGCACCAGUUGCUGCAGCAACAGCGCACCCGCAGCAGUCGCGCCAGCGAGAGGUUGUAGCAGCUGCACUAGAGACAGCAGCAGCAGCAGCAGCUGCAGCAGCAGCUGCUGCUGAAGCAGCAGGAGCCUCAGCAGCACCCAACAGUCAUGUCUCUCCAGACGAGAUGCAGCAGAGCCCUGGUGGCUCUGUGGAGCAGCAGGAGCAGCAACAACAGCAGCAAGAGCAGGAGCAGCAGGAAGAGCAGCAGCAGCAGCAGGAAGAGCAGCAGCAGCAGCAGCCAUCGGAAGCCAACCAGACUCCAAAUGAGGAGCAUCUUAAGACAGAGCUGCGGUGUACAGACAGCCCAACUUCUACCCCACUGCAGCAGCAGCAGCAGCAGAAACCUCCAAGCAACAGCAGCAGCCGGGCAACAGAAGCCUCAGCAUCCCCGGCUACUGAAUUACCUGCUGCUGCUCCUGCUGCUGCUUCUGCUGCGGCUCCUGCUGCUGCAGCUGCUGCACCCCAAGCUAAUUGCGUCACUCCCAGCAGCAACAUCAGCAAGACUGCAAGCAGCAACGCUUCGGGCAGACGGGGGAAGGAGAGCAACAGCAGCAACAGAAGCAACACCAGCAGCAACAGCAACAACAGCAACAACAGCAGCAGCAGCAAGAGGAGCGCUAUGUCGUUGUAUGAGCCAGAGAGCGAAUACGACUUUGCGCGUUUGCUGCAGCGGCAAUGGAUUGCUGCUGCGCAGCACCAGAAACAAUAA